AUGGCUUCUCCUGGUGGUAACAUGUUUCCCCUUGAUCUUGACUUCAGAACAAUAUUAGCUGGAUUCAGCGCAGUAGCCCUCGGUGGCUUGCUGAUAUCCAAGUUUCGGACCAAAUAUCGACUGAAGAAUGGCGAGGUCCAGAGUCUUCUCAAGUCGUUUUUGGUUUUCUUCUAUGCCUGCUUUAUGAAGCCGCAUAGUGGCAACAAGAAAGGCACCCAGCAGGAUGCCCUAGAGAGUUUCUACAAGACGCAAGCCGGCGCUUACGAUGCAACCAGAAAGACUCUCCUCCAAGGCAGGGAAGAAAUGCUCGCGUUAGUUGCGGCACAACUAAAAGCUAAGGCUAAAAGCCACAAGCAAGAGGACAUAAUCUGGGUUGACAUUGGCGGCGGAACGGGGUGGAAUAUUGAGGCCAUGUCCGUCUUUGUUAAUGUCCCUGAGUUUUUCUCGAGUAUUUAUCUUGUUGAUUUCUCACCGUCCCUCUGCGAAGUUGCACGACAACGCUUCCGACGUCUUGGCUGGAAGAAUGUCAUCGUUGUUUGCGAGGACGCGGCCAGAUUUCGUCUCGAGAAUUAUGAAAAUGGCCUUCCUGGCAGUUAUACGCCCACUUUGGGUGAUUCCCACCACAACCACACCAAGCAUGGGUGUGUGGAUCUUGUCACCAUGUCCUAUAGUUUGUCCAUGAUGCCUGACUACUACUCCGUCAUUGAGUCGCUGACUUCGCUCAUCUCUCCCGACGGUCUAAUAGGUGUCGUCGACUUCUAUGUCCAGUCCAAAGUAGACUUCGCUUUUAGAAACUACACUGGUGGUUCUCUCGGACGUCAUGUGAAUUGGUUCCUGAGGUCCUUCUGGCGCGCGUGGUUCGACCUCGACCGGGUAGGUCUCGAGGGUAGUCGCCGAGACUAUCUUGAGUACAAAUUUGGCACUGUUCUCAAUGUCAACACCCGGAACUUUUCUCUCGGUCGCAUCCCCUACUACAUAUGGGUCGGCUGCCAUAAGAAACACUUUUCCUGUGCGCUUCUUUCCCACCAGAUUAUCGAGAAAAUUGAUGCUUUCGCCACGGAGUCUCCCUACGACCAGAGUCAGGAUUGCACUUUCACCGGUGCGAUAACGAGACUUGCGCCGAAAAUGCGUUCCAAAGCUUUUACAGCUGCGACUCAGAACAUUUCUACAAACAUGCCCCUGCCCUCAUUUUUCUAUCAGAAUCAUCACUGGCGUAUCUACUAUGAUGACCAGCUUCAAAAGCACGCACAGUUCAACGACGAGUACAUUUACGCCUUUACGUGGGAAGAUGCUCGAGUGGAUGAGGGCUUGCUCAAUCUGGGGACAGAAGAUGUAGUGUUGGCUAUUACCAGCGCUGGAGAUAACAUACUCUCUUAUGCGACAAAGAGCCCGGCCAGAAUCCACGCUGUGGAUCUGAACCCUACGCAGAACCAUCUUCUCGAGCUAAAGAUUGCGUCUUACGUGGCCUUAUCCUACCAGGACUUCUGGAAACUCUUUGGAGAGGGAAAACACCCCUGCUUUCGUACCUUGCUACUCACCAAGCUCUCUCCGCACCUUUCCAGCCGAGCAUUUCAGUACUGGUUCGACAACGCCCAUGUUUUCUCUGAUACCAGAAGGAAUGGCUUAUAUGAUACAGGAGGUUCGCGUCAUGCGAUUCGCGCCGUCCGUUGGAUCUCCCUUAUUUUCGGCUGCCGUGCCGCCUUCCGGGAUUUCCUCACCACGAAGACCCUAAACGAACAACGCGAUAUCUGGGUCAACAGGAUCCGCCCGGUCUUGCUUUCCAAACUGGUAUGCAAACUCGUUGUCAGCCAAGAAAGCUUUCUCUGGGCCGCUCUAGGAGUCCCCAAGAAUCAACUGGCCAUGAUUGAAAGCGACCACGCCGAAAGCGAGGCUGUCAAUGGCCCUAACCCGACAUCUCGCAACACCCGCUCUCAUGCAGUAUGGAGAUACAUGGUCAAUACCCUUGAUCCAGUCGCCGAGCAGACGCAUGUCGGUGCUAAUAAUCCCUAUUACCAUGUCUGCAUGACUGGCGCCUUCACCCGCAGGUGUCACCCAGAUUAUCUCUCUGAGGAGGCCUAUGCUAAGCUCUCUAGCCCAGGUGCUCUAGACGGUCUGCGCAUCCAUACGGAGGAGGUGGACGAGGUUCUCAGCCACAUAACUCCUGAUACACUGACCGUUGCCGUUGUCAUGGAUAGCAUGGACUGGUUCGACCCGAGCGGCGCAGCUGCAGCCUCUCAGAUUACCAAAUUGAAUCGCAGCCUCAGGAUGGGUGGCCGCGUACUCCUACGCUCGUCAGCACUUGUCCCUUGGUAUAUGAGGACGUUCGAGACCCACGGCUUUUCCCCCAAACGUGUUGGUGCUCGUCUAAGUGGCGCCUGCAUCGAUCGCGUCAAUAUGUAUGCUUCAUGUUGGAUCUGCACGAAAGUGGAGAAUCUUCGCUGGCCAACAUUGGAUAUAGACCGCAUAGAUGACUUGGGCAUUAGCAGCUUGUCUUCUGAGGUCUGA